GGUUACCUACGAGUAUAUAACUGAUGUUGCAGGCUUAUCUGCAGCACAGUCAGUAUUACAACCCGAACACAAUGAACUUCGGAUCUUUCCUCCUGGUGGUGGUCUUGGCAGCAGGCCUCGGGAAUGCUGAUAAAGUUCCCGACUUCGUUAUCAAAGGAAAGUGCCCCGUGGUAGAUGAACAGUCACUUUGGAACAAACAGCUACCACGCCUCUCGGAGAUCUAUUUAUUGUCCAAGUUUGGUGGCGUAUGGUUCCAGCAAGCGAUAACAACUAACCCGUAUCAACUUCUUGACAAGUGUGUUCGGUUGCAGUAUGAUUUUGAUGGAAAAGGUUUCGAUGCCACAGCCACUGGCCUGACUGCCGAAGGAGGUCUAUUGAAGAGAAGAGGAAAGAUCGUACCCAUGCCUCUAGGAGACCCUCAUCUCAUGGUCAACUUCGAUAAUUCGUUCCCAGCGCCUCUUUUGAUCCUCGAUACGGACUACGAAAACUAUGCGUGUCUUUAUUCUUGCAUGAAUUACAAUCACGACUACCAUUCCGAUUUCUCGUUCAUCUUCACUCGCAGCGAGACGCCCUCCAACAGUCACCUGAAGAAGUGUGAGAAAGUCUUCAGGAGCAUCGGUGUAAACACCAGACGGUUUUUCAAGACUGUUCAGGGAAAUGUAUGUUCUUACGAUAAGCAAGUGACUCUGUGAAAUGUCAGAUGGCAGUUUUACUUUGUGAACAUUUGUGCGACUCUAUAGAAAUAAACUUAAUAUACA